GACACAUUUUGCUGUUGCACUGAACACGGACCGGAAGUGUAUGUCUUAAACAGUCGGAGGUUUUGUUUUGGUUGUUUAUGCUUAUAUAAGCUUUUAUUCUUUUAUUUGCUACAACCUCUUCGUCCACAAAAAUGGGGAAAAGACAGCAUCAAAAAGAUAAGAUGUACAUCACAUGUACAGAAUACACUCAGUUUUAUGGAGGGAAGAAAUCAGAAAUCCCACGAGCCAAUUUCAGACGUCUGCCCUUUGAUCACUGCAGUUUGUCUCUUCAGCCCUUUGAGUAUCCCAUGUGCACAGUGGAUGGGGUCGUUUUUGACCUAAUGAGCAUUGUGCCUUGGAUUAAGAAGUUUGGUACCAACCCCAUAACAGGAGAGGUAUUUCAUGCAUAUUCUGUCUUUAUCUCCUGUACUUUAGGGAAGUACCAUUGUCCUGUGCUCUACACAGUGUUCACAAACAACUCCCACAUCGUUGCCAACAAAGUCACAGGAAAUGUUUUCUCUAAUGAGGCAGUGGAACAGCUCAACAUCAAGACAAAGAGUUAUAAAGACCUGUUGACAGAUGAACCUUUUACUCGCCAGGAUCUCAUCACACUACAGGAUCCUACGAAUCUGGAUAAAUUCAAUGUCUCCGACUUCUUCCAUGUGAAAAACAAUAUGAAAGUCCUCGACCCUGAUGAGGAGAAAGCCAAGCAGAGCCCAUCAUACCAUCUGAAAAGCACAAACAUGGAGACGCGAGAAACACUAGCAGAGCUCUACAGGGACUAUAAAGGAGAUGAGCUGUUGGCCUCCACCAUGAAAGAGCCAGAAGCCAAAAAAACAGACAAGCUCAACGCUGCACACUAUUCCACUGGAAGAGUGUCUGCCUCUUUCACAUCUACAGCUAUGGCUCCAGCCACCACCCAUGAAGCAGAUGCUAUUUCCGAUGAUACCGUUCGCUACCAGUAUGUUAAGAAGAAAGGCUAUGUCCGCCUGCACACAAACAAAGGAGACGUGAAUGUGGAGUUGCACUGUGAUAAGAUACAGCAGGGUUGUUAUUGGCGUGAAAUUGUGUUACUCUUAAUCUCAUACACAUGCUCCCCAUUGUGUUUAAUAUCCAUAUUUUCCCCCCUCCUGGCAUUCCUCUCUCUGUUGUUGUGUGUAUUAGGAGGAGAGUCUUACUGGGGGAAGCCAUUCAAGGACGAGUUCAGACCCAAUCUGUCUCACACGGGUCGUGGUAUUCUGAGCAUGGCUAACUCAGGACCCAACACAAAUAAAUCCCAGUUCUUUAUAACAUUUCGCUCAUGCACAUACCUGGACAGGAAACACAGUGUGUUUGGAAGAGUGGUUGGUGGUUUAGAGACCCUCACAGCGUUGGAGAAUGUUGAAAGUGAUCCGAAGACAGACAAACCCAAGUCUGAGAUAAAGUUGCUGAGCACUACAGUAUUUGUGGACCCGUAUGAGGAAGCCGAUACACAGAUUGCAGCCGAGCGAGAGAAGGAAGCACAGAAACAGGAAGAAGAGAGAGCGCAAACUUCUGCUUCAGUCAACAAGGCAAAAACAGAGGACAAGCCUAAAACCUUCAGACCAGGAGUGGGCAAAUACAUCAACACAGCUGCCACGAAACAUUCCCACCCAGAUGGUGAAAAACCCUCCACUAGUGAAGCUCCUGCCAAGAAACCCAAAGGCAGAACAGGUUUUGGAGACUUCAGUUCCUGGUAGAAGAACGGCACCGUCCCUCCUCAAGGCUGAUUGUGGGUAAAGUGAGAUAUUGGACUAAUCUUACUCUGCGCAGACCUCUUGGUUUUUCCCCUUUAUGGUUUCUAUUUUGAAAGUCGUUGUAUUUUUAGAUAAUAAUGUGGCAGCGAUUUAGUUCAUAUGUAGUCAAGGCUUCCUUUCUAUUGAGCCCUGUAAAUCAUUAGUUAUUUUUUGCAUAUUAAAUGACUUAAUCUGUGUUAAUAAAUGCAUUUUGCUAAAAGUUUGGCUUGUUCAUGCUUGAAUGUUUUCAAUUUUGUUUGUAUGGUAUGGAAGCCCAUUUCCACCACAGAAUAAAAAAUAAAUACAAAAAGGUAAUUCAGACUUUUUCCUCAUAGUUUAGACUUAGUUCCUCGCAAUUCUGACUUUUUUGUUUGUGCCACAGAAGGUAUUGUGGCAUUGCGCUUGUAGCUAUAGUAUCAGGAGUUCUCCAAUGGGAAGUACCAUUCUGAUUCAUCCCACAAGUUCCAGAAUGGUGCAUGGAAAGUCUUUGUAGUUCACACAAUAGAGCAUUUCUCCUCUUGUGGAUGUUGUGGCUGUUUUGGAUAUCUCUUUUUCUAAAGGGGCAUUUUCCUGUGCUUGCUUACUUUGCCCUUGACUGUCUAUACACUGUUCUUGCUGAGUGUGUAGAUUUUUUUUUUUUUGCUGCUAAGACCCAAGUGUAUUUCAUACGACCCCGGGGGCCAAUUACACAAGCUUACUGUUUCUGAAAGUUGUUGCCUCUUCCUUCUGUUGGCAUAAGGACGAAUCUCACAAAACCUGUCAGGAGAAGCUCAUAGUUC